AUGCUCCUUAAUUGGACGCAGAAUUUCGAGGAUAGCGUGAAAGCAGUGGAGGGGGGACAACAGGAGGGGGAGACGAGAGGGGAGAGGGUGGAGAGAGAGAAGAGACACAGUGGAGGCGUGGAGCGAGCGAGUGGUCAAGGCAGAGAGAGGGUGAGUGGCGAGAGCGGAGGAGCAGACGACGAGACGUGGGCUGACAGCAUGGCACGAGAGUUGAGGGAGAAACGUCGACGGAAGGAAGAAAGACGGAAGCAGGAGGAGCAGAUUCGGAAACGCGGGGGAAAGGAUAAGGAGAAGGAGACGGGGGAGGAAGAGGAGGUGGAGAAGGCGGGGGGGAGGCGAGAAUUAGAGGAAGCGACAGUGAAAGCGAAGGAGGAAGAGUCGGAGGUGGAGAGAAGGAAGCAGGAACUGGAUGAGGAGUUAGAACGGCAGAGGGAGGAGCUCGCGAACCAACCCAGAGACGAGGUCCCGGACCUGAAGCUCAGGAACGGCAGCCGAGGCUCGGGAGCCACCGGGGCGAGGCUCACCGAUCCUCUUGGCCUGGUCCGCGACGAAGCAGGCGUGGAAGGGCAGGGAGGAGGAGGGGAGGGACGUUGGAGCGGGGAAGGCAGCGGAGGGAGGAUGGGGAAUUCAAGCUUGAACCUGCUGUCUUCGCGAGGAACGAUCAGAAAAGAUUUUAGGAAGGAGUGGGCUAAGGGGAUGUUGAGGGACGGGCGAGCGAGGGAGCUGGCAGGGGAAGGCACGAGAAUGUGGAUGGGGAGGGCGAGGAGGCAAAGGAGGGGUGAGCUGGGGAGGAGGGGAGGGGCGGUGGGAGGGAAGGGGAGUUGGCCGGUGGAAGGAUGGGCAGGAGGGGGGCUCGGGAGAGAAGGGAGAGAAGGAAUAGGAAAUGGUUUAGGGAAUCGGAGUGCCGCUGCUGGGGGCAUUUCACAGGCUGGUUCGGAGUCCUGCCGAGCCGAAGCCGAAGCUGUGUGGAAGGAACGGCAGAAGCAGGUGGUUGCCGCCUUCCGGCACGCCUGGAAGGGCUACCGAACCUACGCGUUUGGUUCGGACGAGCUCAUGCCGCUGAGCCGAGGCGGGGAGGACGGGUUGGGCAGGCUCGGGGCUACUAUAGUGGACGGUCUAGAUACUGCUAUGAUCAUGGGGAUUAAAGACAUAGUAGACGAGGCUGGCCAGUGGGUUGCUACUACUCUGCCUGAGAAAAUCAACCAUGCCGGGCAGGUGAACUUUUUCGAGACGACGAUUCGGGUUCUCGGUGGGUUGCUGAGUGCAUACCACCUGAAAAAGGACUCGGGCUGGCGAGGGGGAGGAGGCGUGGGAAGAGGAGGGGGAGGAGGAACUACAGGAGGAGGAGGGGGGGUGCAGGAGGACGUAGGGGGACCAGCAGCUGAGAAGUAUCUGGAGGUGGCGGUUGACUUGGCGGAUCGUCUCAUGCUCGCCCUCACUCAGAGCCCCACGCCCGUUCCUCUCUCGGAUGUCUACCUGGCGACCCAAGAGGGGAUGGCAGCAGAGAAGUAUAUGGAGGUGGCGGUUGACUUGGCGGAUCGUCUCAUGCUCGCCCUCACUCAGAGCCCCACGCCCGUGCCCCUCUCAGACGUAUACCUGGCUGGACGCUAUGUCGAGCGGGCCAUGGGGGGCGGGCUGAGCAGCACAGCAGAGGGCACGACGGUGCAGCUGGAGUUAUACGCCCAGCGAGCCAACGGCGGCGGGCUGAGCAGCACAGCGGACUACGCACAGCGGGCCAAUGGUGGCGGGCUGAGCAGCACAGCGGAGUGCACAACGGUCCAGUUGGAGUUCUGGGAGCUGAGUAGACUGACGGGGGAGAGGAAGUACGGAGCAGCAGCGAUGCAGGUGAUGGAGCACGUGCGGGGGCUGCAUCGACUGGAUGGAUUGGUGCCGAUAUACAUGGACCCCGACUCUGGUAGGUUCUCAGGUGAGAACAUUCGCCUGGGGUCAAGGGGAGACAGCUACUACGAGUAUCUCAUCAAGGCGUACCUGCAGCAGCGGGACCAACCCCCCGCGCUGCUGCAAGUGGUAACCACAAGCUUUCCAGCAAGCGGUGAUGGGCGAUCAAACGGCACCGAUGCAGCCGGUGCUGGUGCUGGUGCCGGUGCUGGUGCUGGCGGUGGUGACAAGAGCAGGGAAGGAGUAGGAGCAAGAGAAGGAGUAGGAGCGGGAGGAGGAGAUGGAGCAGGAGCAGCAGGAGGGAAGAGGGGCGCGCAUGUGGAGUAUCUGGCGGAGAUGUUUGACGAGGCGGUGGCGGGCAUGCGCAAGUGGCUGGUGGCGCGCAGCCACCCCAAGGGCCUCACCUUCAUUGCUGAGCGGCCGUCAGGGCUGACAGGGGAGAUGCACCCCAAGAUGGACCACCUGGUGUGCUUCCUGCCGGGAUCUCUAGCCCUGAGAGCGACUGAGGGGCUGACAGAGGCAGAGGCGGCAGCAAAGGGCGUGCUGACACAGCAGGGGAGGGAGCUGCUGGACUUGGCAAGGAACGUGACGGAGGCGUGCAUUCAGAUGUACGAAGUCACAGCCACUGGGCUGGCGCCUGAGAUAGCCUACUUCAACAUGCGCGACGAUUCUCAGGAGUACAUGGGGACAAGGCACGACGCCGAGUAUGGGAGGGACAUUCAGAUCCACCAGGCGGACCGGCACAACCUGCUGCGACCUGAAACGGUGGAGGCGCUGCUUUAUAUGCACCGGGUUACUGGGAACACACGGUAUCGCGAGGCGGGGUGGAAGAUGUUCCAAGCAUUUGAACAACAUACGCGUGUGGCAUCAGGCGGAUACACUUCGCUCGACGAUGUCUCUCGGGUGCCCCCUCCAAAGCGUAACAAGAUGGAAACGUUCUUCCUCGGGGAAACCCUCAAGUACUUCUACCUCCUCUUUGGGGAGAAGGACGUUCUUCCAUUUGACAAAUACGUCUUCAAUACAGAGGCUCAUCCACUGCCAAUUCCAAGGUCUACUGAAAGCAUGGAAAGAAGACGG